CCUUUUCUCUCCACCACAAUCACAGUUGCGUAUCUGCACCGUCACCUCACCUCACCUCACCUCGCCCUACCCACCCUACCCUACCCUUCGCCCUUUCUCCCUUCCCCAUCCACCCCUACUCAUCACCUUUUGCUUCGCGACACUCAUAUCGCGACUUCUUCUUUCCGCAUCCGAUCUUCCCACCCCACUUCCUCAAACUCAACGCUCCCGCAAAACAUUCCGCGCACUCUACCAGAGACUCAAUACGGUAUGUUCUACUCUUCACGCGCCGCUUUCUUUCAGGAGAUACACCCAGAUACCUAAUAUUCACCGUUGGGUCUCAAAUUCACGCUUUGAUCAACUCGCUGACAUUGGAAAGGUCUUAAUUGAUCGUUUACAAUCAACGUCUCUUCCACAACAACACUCAUUGCUCACGCAAGCAACCCACAACUUCCCCAUCUCAACAUGUCUUCUCAAGACAAUGCGCCCAAUGGCGACGAGCUCGCUGAUGGCAUGAACAACCUCAACGUCAACGACGAGGGACGCCUCGGACCUGAUGGCGAGCCCCUCCCCAAGACCGAAGAAGAGUAUGCCGAGUCGCAACUCACGCUCCGUGCUAUUGUUUCUUCCAAGGAAGCUGGUGUAAUCAUUGGCAAGGGCGGCAAGAAUGUCGCGGAUCUCCGUGACGAGACUGGAGUCAAGGCUGGUGUUAGCAAGGUCGUCCAGGGUGUCCAUGAUCGUGUUUUGACGAUCGCUGGAGGAUGUGAGGCUAUUUCUAAGGCAUAUGCUAUUGUCGCAAAGGCUUUGUUGGAGGGCGCGCCGCAGAUGGGCAUGGGAGGUGUAGUUUCUACUACUGGUACCCACCCAAUCAAGCUGUUGAUUUCGCACAACCAGAUGGGUACGAUCAUCGGUCGCCAAGGUCUCAAGAUUAAGCAUAUCCAGGAUGUUUCCGGCGUUCGCAUGGUCGCACAAAAGGAAAUGCUUCCUCAAUCAACCGAGCGCAUCGUCGAGGUUCAAGGCAACCCUGAGGGCAUUCAAAAGGCUAUCUGGGAAAUCUGCAAGUGCUUGGUGGAUGAUUGGCAACGAGGGACUGGUACCGUGUUGUACAACCCGGUUGUCCGAACCCAACCAGGUGGAGGACCAAGCAUGGGACAAGGCGCUGGUAAUGGCCGUGACAACUACAGCAAUAACCGGGUCAUGCGCACCGGCAAUGGCAACGACUUUAGCGAGAGCGCUCCCCGAUCAUACAACAACCGCCGCUCCGAUUCCGAUGCUGCGCAACGUGGACCCCCUACCCAUGAUGAGAAUGGAGAGGAGCUUCAGACCCAGAACAUCAGCAUUCCUUCUGACAUGGUUGGUUGUAUCAUUGGCCGAGCUGGUAGCAAGAUCAGUGAGAUCCGCAAGACUUCCGGAGCUCGCAUCAGCAUCGCUAAGGCACCCCAUGACGACACUGGUGAGCGUAUGUUCACCAUUAUGGGGAGUGCUAAGGCAAACGAGACCGCUCUUUACUUGCUGUACGAGAACCUUGAGGCUGAGAAGAUGCGCCGAAGCCAAGGCAAUGCCCAGGAUUAGGAUGUGAAGAUUAUUUCGCUUUCUACACGUUUCAUUUCCAUGCGGACCAUAACUCUCGAUUCUUCCAGAUCUGACUUGCCGCAAGGCUGAUACUGCGAUGAAUCUUUGGACGUCUGCAGCGACUUUUUUUAAUGAACGAAUUCUCUUCUACCAAAAGCACUCAUGGCACUUCCUCGAUGUUUUCCUUCUCUUUUACGACAUGGACUUUUACGAAUUUACGGUCAUCAGCGGCACUUGAUUGGUGUGUACUUCAGGUAGCGCCUUUUUCUUCAACUGUCACUCCCCUCGAUACUCGAUUCAGACGAUUCGCCUUGACAUUCAACAACUCGAGACACCGACACACUGGCUCGACUUCUCUGUUAUUCCGACGUCCUCCCUCGAACGCACGAGAAUCGUCCUAAUCUCGUCAUUCAUGCGGCUAUGACCUUACUUCUCCUACAAGUCACGAAAUUACAUUGCCCCACUCCAUCAACACACUAUACCAGAACGCCUGGCCUGGACUACACAAGUCUCGACUCUUGACUCUAGAACUCGCUCCCUCACAUCAAGUCACAACACGUUCCGCAAAUCGAUCCUAUUCGCCUCACGUUUGCCUGGUCUUCGUGCGAUCAUAUCGACAUCUUGAUCUCUGAGGAGAAAGAUGGUGUACGCAGAUUUGUUCAUAGACUAGGCAAUAUGAGCAAUGAACAAGUCAAAAUAG